AUGACCUACGAAGUCGCAUUUGGUGGUUCUGUAUAUAUGAUUGUUCUGAACUGUGGGAUCUUACGACACUGGAGUUUGGCUUUCCUUUUACCGGACUUAUUCAAAGGCACACGACUCCUCUACUUCUUAUCAUUGACGCUUCCUCAUGCCCCAGUUUCAUGGGUUCCCUCUGGGAAGGUCGGUGAGAAAAGUGGCCCGCCUUGCUCAUCAGCUUCCUAUUACUUAGCUGAUGUACAACGUAAUCUUGUUACUAUUUGCAUUGGUCAGUCUUCUCUGAGUGGUGAAGCCGCAUUAUUAGCUUUUUUCACGUUUUAUUAUGUGUUCGUUCACAUAAUGGAUUAUGCAGACCUGGUUUCUCCAUUACAAAAUUCAAGAGGUGAAGAAGGAACACGUAUUUUGCCUGAGCCUAUAAUGUCGCGAAUUCCAGGGGAAUCUACAGAUGGCAUAAUAAGAUGUUUAGAAAACCUUCGUGAACACAGGAGAAAGCGAGAACAAGAUUUGGCAGCUUUAAAGUCUGAACGACAGUUGCAUGUCGAACAGUUGGAGCGUAUCAGACUGAGACUUGAAUCAAUUGAGCGCGACAUUUCUGAAGAGACGGAAAGGCUUGAGCAUAUAACUUCAGCAAUACAGAAAGCAGAAUCUACUUAUGGAAAGUUAAGGGAGUCCUCACAAAGCCUGCUGGAUUUUCUGAAAAAAGAAUGCCAGGAACUCAGGGAGUCUUCGCGCUCAAAUCGGACUAGUAGAGGUUCUUAUGAGUAG